AUGGAGUCCACGCAAAAAUCUUCCAUCAAACUUGUUCUCGGGGCUGCGAAUAUCGGAGAUGCCGAGAUUGAUCCAAUGGUCCGUUUCGAUACACCUGACCAGGUGAAUGCCUUCUUGAACGCGUUCUCGAACCGCGGGUACAAUCAACUUGACACCUCACGCAUGUAUUCGCCCCAUGCGCCGGGGACCUCGGAGCCAAGAAUCGGAGCCGUUGCCGCAGGCGACAGGUUCGUCAUCGACACCAAGGUCACAUCGAUAGAACCGGGGGCACAUACCAAGGACAAGAUCCUAGAGGAGAUCGAUAUCUCCCUGGAGGCUCUGAAGAUCGACCAGAUCAAUGUCGAGUAUCUCCACGUCCCCGACCGUGACACCCCUUUUGAGGAGGCGUGCGAGGCCAUGACGCAGGCGCACAGAGAGGGCAAGAUCAAGCAUUGGGGUAUCUGCAGUUACACGGCCGAGGAGGUCCAGCGAUUCAUCGACAUCUGUGAAGAGAGGGGAUUUGUCAAGCCCACCGUCUACCAGGGACAGUACAACCCAAUCGUCAGAGGCGGCGAAAAAGAUCUCUUCAACGUCUUGCGUAAGAACGGCAUGGCGUUCUAUGCCUUUAGCCCCGCCGCAGGUGGCUUCUUCGCAGGGAAUCAUAAGAAUUUCACUCGAGGUGGGAGAUUCGACAAAUCUAUCAUGGUGGGCGAACUGUACACCAACUUCUACAUGAAGCCGUCCAUCAUGGCUGCAGCCGACAAGGCGCUCAAGAUCGCAUCUGAGCAUGGAAUCAGCGGCCACGCUGCAGCACUCCGGUGGACUGCGUAUCAUGGUAUUCUUUCUCGGAUUUACGAUGAUUCCAUCAUCAUUGGUGCCUCCAGUCCGGAGCAGCUUGAGUCCAACAUCGACACGGUUGAGCAGGGCCCGUUGCCUGAAGAUGUGGCGGCUGCUUUCGAAGCCGUUUACGGGGAAAUUGACAGCGAUGUGGAGAUUCCGUAUCAUUUGUAG